AUGGGAUUGCCUCAACUUCCCGCAAGUGGAACCUCUGAGGAGGUACACUCAGCGUCUUUCGGCUCACUUUUACAGAGCCCGCCUCGAUCUUCUGGGAUGAGCACAUGUGAUUUGGAUGGAAUGCACAGUGGAAGUGCAAGCAUAGUGGGUGGAAACUCAUUAUGCUCCUCUUUAGGAGAAUACCAAGCAAGAAGCCCUGUAGAACUGUCAAAGUUUCCUGAUGAUGAUUCAAUUGGGUUUAGAGGGAUUGGUUCUCUCAGUAAAGCUGGUCAAAUCACUCCCAGAAAUGGACGAUGUAUUCAGACCCCAGCUUCUCGGAUUGUGGGUUUUGAAUCAAGCAGAACAAGUGUAAAUGAUGGUUCCAGCAGUGUUUCAUCUGAUCAUGUUCACUCUUCAUCUGCAGUUAUUGUCACCGCCAAUGACAAUGUGAGCAGUGGGUCAUUAAUGAAGAAGAGAAUGUUCUCCCCAUUCAAGUCCCUAUCGGCAGACCAAUUUAAUGGUGAGCAUUUGGACCUUGCCUGCAGAACUGAUCAAACAAAUACUCCUUCUGUCAGUGAUAGUAACAGUACGUCACAUGAUCAUAAGAAACCAAAUGUCGGAAGUGAAAACCAUUUCACCAUUCCAGCUUGGUCCGAGCAGAAGAGCAUACCACGUGAUAAUGGUAGUAUGGAAUCCAUUUUCACCGACGGCCCUUUGGUGGUCAGUUUUCAUCCCCCACCUAAUCUUUUAUAUAUAUCAUCUCCUAGACCUGAAUUGAGAUAUCUUAGUAACAUAAAAUUCCAAAGUGGGCCGGUAUCAGUAUCUCCAAAAGAAGUGAUUUCACCUCAGCUUUCUUUGUCACCUCUUGGCCGCAAGGUGUCUGAAAGAGGGGAAUCUGCAGGGAGGUGCAACGACAGUACCAAUGAAAAGUUGGAGGAUUAUCAUUUGACGUUGAGGAAUGUAAAAAACACAACCAAAUGGUCUAAUUCAGGGACUAUGUUUUCUCCUGUGGAAGAUGGGUUUGAGAUCACAAGUAAAUCAUUUGAAGAGGCUGAUAUAUUUCACAAAGAAUUUUGUCCAUCUUCUCUGGAAAAUGGUAGUCCUCUAAGUUAUUCCUUGUACCAAGGGUCAGCUCCUACCUCCCAAUGCAUGAGAUUUGUUAGAAAUCUAAGUGGACUAUCGGUGAGGAGAUCCUUGGUUGGUUCGUUUGAAGAAUCUCUACUGUCUGGUCGGUUCUUAUCAGGAAAAUCCAGUCAGAGAAUUGAUGGUUUUCUGGGUGUACUAAGCAUUACUGGUGGAAACUUCUCACCCCGAUCACAGAAGCUUCCCUUUUCAGUAACUAGUGUAGAAGGAGAUUGCUACUUAUUGUAUUAUGCAUCCAUAUAUCUUGCCGGAAAUUCGGCAUUGAAUAGGAGUGGAGGACAAAAGCUGAAACGGGGACUUAGUAAUGAUGAUUCACAGAUUGUCAAGAGCCGCCUGCGCAUUCCUGUCAAGGGCCGGAUACAACUGGUUCUAAGUAAUCCUGAAAAGACACCGAUUCAUACUUUCCUUUGCAACUAUGAUUUAAGUGACAUGCCGGCUGGUACUAAAACGUUCUUGCGCCAAAAGGUGACGUUAGCAUCUACCCCAAUGUCCUCGAGAAAUGAGGAGACAGAUAUUGAUUCAAGAGUCAUAGACACAAGAGUACAGAAAGGAGGUGGAGUAGAGAUUAGAACAAGAUCACUAGAUCAGAGAACUGAAUUUAGAAGCGAAUGCUCUAACUUGGUGGAUUCAAUAGUUGAGGGUGAUAUGUCCAAGCUGUCCCCUAAAACAGAAAGGGUGGGAAUUUCUUCCUUCAUGGGGGUUGAGAAGAGGUUCAAUGGCAAGGAGUGCCCAUGCAAUGAUGAUAAGGACCACAGCUGGGUUGAUGCAGGCCAUGAAACUGACAGGAAACAAGUGGUUGGUUGUUCAAGAGUAAAUCAAAACAAGAAUAGUGCUCUUCGAUAUGCUCUGCAUCUCCGUUUCAUUUGCCCUCUUCCUAAAAAAGGUUCCAGGUCAGUUCAGAGAUGCAAAUCAGAUCCCUUGUCUGGAACACAAAGAAGAAGCUUAGAUAUGGAAGGGGAGCGGAGAUUCUACCUCUACAAUGACUUGAGGGUUGUAUUCCCUCAGCGCCAGUCAGAUGCUGAUGAGGGCAAGUUAAACGUGGAAUACCAUUUUCCAGAGGACCCAAAAUACUUCGACAUUGAGUGAAACGUCCAACUGAACAGACAAUACGCUCUGUUAUUUGAAUCCUUUAAUCUGCUGUAUCUGGGUGUGUACAUAAAUUCACAUAUGGUUUGAUUUGCCAUGAUUUGGUCUGAAAUCUGAAAUGGCUUUAGUCCCUGAUCCUCCUUGUACAGAAUCAUAGUA